GCAAAAGAGGAUUUCAAAAUGUACGGUUUUGUCAACUACGCUUUGGAACUUCUCGUUCUGAAGUCAUUUGGCGAGGAAACAUGGGAAAAAAUUAAAAAGAAAGCUGCAGUAUCGAUGGAAGGGAGCUUCCUUGUUCGUCAGAUUUACGAGGAUGAAAUAACUUACAAUCUGAUAACUGCUGCUGUUGAAAUUCUACAGACCCCCGCCGACGCAAUCUUGGAGUCAUUUGGUAGGACUUUCUUCGAGUUCUGUCAGGACUCUGGAUAUGAUAAAAUUUUGCAAGUCCUAGGAGCCAAUCCGCGAGAUUUCUUACAAAAUCUGGACGGUUUGCACGACCACCUGGGCACGCUGUACCCGGGCAUGCGAUCGCCAUCAUUCCGCUGCACCGAGCGGCCGGAAGAUGGCGCCCUCGUGCUGCACUACUACUCCGACAGACCCGGCCUUGAGCAUAUCGUCAUCGGGAUUGUUAAAACGGUAGCUAGCAAGCUGCACAAUACCGAAGUGAAAGUGGAGAUAUUGAAAACGAAAGAAGAAUGCGACCAUGUACAAUUCCUGAUAACGGAGACUUCGACGCCGGGACGAGUGUCAGUUCCCGAGAUUGCCGAGAUCGAAACAUUGUCUCUUGAGCCUAAAGUAAGUCCGGCGACGUUCUGCCGCGUGUUCCCAUUCCACCUGAUGUUCGACCGCGAGCUGAACAUCGUGCAAGCGGGCCGCACUGUCUCCCGUCUCUUGCCGCGCGUCACCACACCCGGAUGUAAGAUCACCGAUGUCUUGGAUACGGUUCGACCUCAUUUGGAGAUGACAUUCCUGAACGUCCUCGCUCAUAUUAAUACUGUGUACGUGUUGAAGACCAAGCCAGAGGAAAUGAACGUCACUGACCCACAUGAAGACAUCGCUUCCCUUCGUCUCAAGGGUCAAAUGCUGUACAUUCCAGAAACCGAUGUGAUUGUAUUCCAGUGUUAUCCCAGCGUAACUAAUCUCGAUGAUUUGACUCGUCGCGGGCUGUGCAUCUCCGACAUUCCGCUGCACGACGCGACGCGCGACCUCGUGCUGAUGUCGGAGCAGUUCGAGGCAGAUUACAAACUGACGCAGAGUCUCGAAGUGCUCACCGACAAGCUGCAGCAGACGUUCCGCGAACUCGACUCCGAGAAGCAGAAGACCGACAGACUCCUGUACUCGGUGCUGCCGAUCAGCGUGGCGACGGAGCUGCGUCACCGCCGGCCCGUGCCCGCGCGCCGCUACGACCCCGUCACACUCCUCUUCAGCGGCAUCGUGGGGUUCGCCAACUACUGCGCCCGCAACACCGACCACAAGGGCGCCAUGAAGAUAGUGCGCAUGCUCAAUGACCUCUACACCGCCUUUGACGUCCUCACAGACCCCAAGAAGAAUCCUAACGUUUAUAAGGUGGAGACAGUGGGAGACAAGUACAUGGCGGUGUCGGGCCUGCCCGAGUACCAGGUGUCGCACGCCAAGCACAUCUGUCUGCUGGCGCUGGAGAUGAUGGACCUCUCCAAGACCGUCACUGUCGACAACGAGCCUGUUGGUAUAACAAUCGGCAUCCACUCCGGGGAAGUGGUGACAGGUGUGAUCGGUCACCGCAUGCCGCGCUACUGUCUGUUCGGCAACACCGUCAACUUGACCAGCCGCUGUGAGACCACCGGCGUGCCCGGCACCAUCAAUGUCAGCGAGGACACUUACAGCUGCCUGAUGGGAGAAGAUAAUUACGAUGAUCAAUUCGAGCUGACAUAUCGCGGUCAUGUUUCCAUGAAGGGCAAAGCCGAACCGAUGCAGACCUGGUUCCUGACUAGAAAGAAGAUUUAAACAUUUAUCUACACUGACAUUUCUAUCUAACCCGGUGGGGAUAACUGACACUAAAUUAAAAUACCUCAUUAGAACCAUCGGUCAAUGUCAAAGUGCUACAAAAUCCUAAGAACUGAAGCUGUCUUGUCUCGUUUGUCAUUGUUUUUGAAUAAGGACCGACAAGGAUAUCUGAACCCGGGGGCAUUAUUA